GCUCAGCAUUCAGAACACUACAACAACUUCCUCGACCAUCUGCGAGACAGUCUGCUAAAGUUGAGAAGACUUGCUGUGAUCACUGAAACCAUGCUGAAGGUAGCACUUGUGCUUGGAUGCCUCCUGAGCCUCAUUCUGGCCAAUCCUGUGGACAUGGUGCACCAACGACUUGCUCGCUCAAACUCUGGCUCAAACUCUGACUCUAACUCCAAUGAGCUUUCCGUAUCCAUGUCUUCACAACAAUUGCUCCAGCUCCUUCUUACCCUCAUCCAGCAACGACAACCAGUUACUGCUCCACCAGCAGCAACUACUACAGCUGCACCUACAACAACUACAGCAGCCUCUACUACAGCUGCACCUACCACUGCCGCAUAACCAACUGCUGCCACAAAAACAUAUAAUCAGCAAUUUAA